AUGUCCGACAUGUAUAAGAAAGAAGUUCCGCUUUAUGCUGAUUUGCUGUCCAUUGUUGCUGAAGUGGAUGACAAGGUUUCCAAGGAAAAGUUGCCAGCCAGGCACCGAAUCGAGAGGCAUGGAGCCAUACGGCUGGGGACGGCCAAAGAGCUUAGGACAAUUGCAAGAAUGUUCGCUCUCUUCAAUAUGCACCCUGUUGGAUACUACGACCUCAGCCUCGUCGGAUUUCCAUUGCACGCAACAGCGUUUAGACCGUUGACAAGCUCUGCACUGGCCAAGAACCCCUUCAGGGUCUUUACCAGCCUCCUGAGACUCGAUCUGCUCCCUCAUGACACCAGACUUCUUGCAGAGAAGACCCUCUCAAAACGAAACAUAUUUUCAGACAGGCUUAUUGAGUUGAUUGAACAAGUCGAAACUCAAGGCCUGUUGACGGAAGAAGAUGAGUCUGCAUUGCUGACAGAGGCGUUAAAGGUCUUCCGUUGGCAUUCUACCGCGAUUGUAUCUCAUGAAGCGUAUAUUGAAAUGAAUUCAGUUCACCCAAUGGUUGCCGAUAUCACAAGUUUCCCAAGUGCACAUAUCAAUCACCUGACUCCUCGGACACUAGACAUCGAUCUCGUUCAAGAGACAAUGGAAAAGAGAGGAUUGCCAGCCAAGGAAAGAAUUGAGGGUCCGCCACGACGGGAUUGUGGAAUACUACUGAGACAAACCAGUUUCAAAGCACUGGAAGAACAAGUGAGGUUUGUCGAUAGUGACGGCAAUAUUGUAGAUGGUCGCCAUACAGCGCGAUUCGGUGAAGUCGAGCAACGUGGCGCGGCCGUGACAGACAAAGGCCGAAAACUAUACGACACUUUGCUGGAAAAGACCAAUGCCAUCGUCAAAAAGAAUGGCACCAAAGAAGAAGACUAUCAGAAGGUUCUUCGCGACACUUUUGCAGAAUAUCCCGAUACAUGGUCUGAGCUACGUUCGCAGAAACUUGUGUUCUUCGAAUACCGGCUCACAGAGACAGCAAGACCGUCGGAGGAAAGCACACAAACACUGUCCGACCUCAUAGAGAAAGGACUUGUGGAGUUCACGCCUAUCGUGUACGAGGACUUCCUGCCCAUUUCAGCGGCCGGUAUCUUCACUUCCAAUCUCAAAGACUUCUCAAACAAAGAGACUCAGUGUGCCAAGGGGAAUCGAGCACUUCUCGAAGAAUGUUUGGGUCACGCCGUCCAGGAACCAACUAGGCUAUACGAACAAAUGGAGGCGGAAAGCUUGGACAAGUGUCGUAGAGGACUGGAAUUGGCGCAUAUUCAGGUAGAAUAG